AGUUUUGGUCGCCACGAUGUAAAAAAGAUGUUGAGACUCUAGAAAGAGUGCAGAGAAGAGCAACAAAGAUGAUUAGGGGACUGGAGGAUAAAACAUAUGAAGAACGAUUGCAGGAACUGGAUAUGUCUAGUUUAACAAAAAGAAGGACUAGGGGAGACAUGAUAGCUGUGUUCCAAUAUCUUAGGGGCUGCCACAAAGAAGAGGGAGUCAGGCUGUUCACCAAAGCACCUGAGGGUAGAACAAGAAGCAAUGGGUGGAAACUGGUCAAAGAAAGAAGCAACUUAGAACUAAGGAGAAAUUUCCUGACAGUUAGAACAAUUAAUAAGUGGAACGACUUGCCUUCAGAAGUUGUGAAUGCUCCAACACUGGAAAUUUUUAAGAAAAUGUUGGAUAACCAUCUGACUGAAAUGGUGUAGGGUUUCCUGCCUGGGCAGGGGGUUGGACUAGAAGGCCUCCAAGGUCCCUUCCAACUCUGAUGUUAUGUUAUGCUUUGCCUCACCUACAGUUCAGCGUGUAUGUGUGGGAGACAGCUGGCAAGAAUUGAGACUAACCUGUUGAAGGCCUUGAGUUUCCGGUUGCCUGAAGGAGUGAAAGAACUCAAGGAAGUCCCGGUUGUAAAAGUGGCAGUGCAUCCAAACCCUUAUAAACUGUGUGCUAUUCCAACAGAGGCUUAAACUUAAAACACCAUAAAAGCAUACAACUAAACACAGAACAAUUAUUCAGUAUGACAAAUGUUUCAUAUACUGUAUAUACCUAUUCAUUUAACAUUGUGUUUUGCUUCUAUUUACUCAAUACUGAAACUUCUUCAACCUAUUGCUGGGUUCACACAACAUAUGGAUAUGUUAACAACCGGUUCUCUGCCCUAAUGAUUUCCUCCAACAACCAGUUCGCCAAACUGCUCAGAAAGUUAACAACCAGUUCUCCCGAAGUGGUGCGAACUGGCUGAAUCCCACCACUGGGUAUGUUGGUAUGGAUCAUUUUCAGUUGUGCACAUAGAUUAAGCAGCUUGUAUGGGCAGAUCAUUUUUAGACAGGUAUUUCAAAACACCUACAGCUCUCUUCCUAUAAUUUGAUCCUUGCUUGCCCUUUAACAACUGUGCUACCAUGGUUUGAUCUGAUAACAUCCUGCUCGCAAAGGACCAAUGCUCAUUAGAGCAUUAAAUGACAUGUUGCCAUUCUCUUCCCAUCGGUGAAAUAAAGAGCCAGCAGGACAAUGAUGGCGAUGGGGAUAUUUCUGUUUGUUUUGCUGCUUGCUCUGCUGAGUCUCUUCUUCUUCAAACAACUCUGGUCCCAAAGACAUCUGCCUCCUGGUCCUUUGGCUCUACCUCUCAUUGGGACCUUGUGGGCUUACGGGUUUUGGCUUCGUGAAGAUUAUUUCCGUAAGCAUGUAAAAGAAUAUGGAAAUAUAUACUCCAUGUGGUCUGGACAUUACCUUAUAGUAGUGCUAUCUGGAUUCAAAACUGUGAAAGAAGGAAUGAUGAGCUUCCUAGAAGAAUUCUCUUAUCGACCAGAUGAUGCUUUCAUGACAGCUGUAGGGAAUAGAAGGGGAAUCAUUUUCUCCAAUGGUCACAUCUGGAAACAGCAGCGACACUUUGGCGUCACUUCUCUGCGGAAGCUGGGCCUGGGGAAGAAAAGCAUUGAGCAUCAGAUAGAAGACGUAGCUCAGACACUGGUGGAGAUGUUUAGACAAACAGAAGGGCAGCCUUUUGACCCUUCAUGUGCAGUAGCAAAUGCAGUUUCUAAUGUCAUAUGUGCUUUGAGUUUUGGACAUCAGUUUGCUCCUGAAGAUGAGAACUUCCAGAAGUUAAUUAAAUCCCUUGACGUUAUUGUGAAAUUCUCUGGUUGCUUUUUUCAUGUGAUGCUUUUUGUGUUCCCACGAUUAAUGAGCUACCUUCCCGGCCCUCACAAAGAGGCCUCUGCUUCGGUAGAAGUGAUCACUUCCUUUGCAAAGCAGGAAAUAGAGAAACACAAGGAAUACAGUUCUCUCCAUGAGCCGCAAGAUUUCAUUGAUUACUAUCUUCUACAGAUGGAGAAGAGCAGAAAAGACCCCAACUCUACCUACAAUGAAAAGAACCUAGUUCAGUGUAUUUUUGAUUUUUUUGGUGCUGGAAUCGACACAACCUUCGGUACUCUGAUGUGGGCAUUGCUUCUCUUGACCAAUCGUCCCAACACCCAAGAGAAAAUCCAGAAGGAAAUUGAAGAUGUGUUUGGCUUCUCUGGGUUGAUUUCCUAUCAGGAUCGGAAGAAACUGCCCUAUACCAAUGCUGUGAUUCAUGAAAUGCAGCGUUUAAAAAGCGUCUUGCUAGUUGGGCUUCCCAGACAAAGUACAAAGGAUGUAAAGCUGAGGGGUUACCACAUUCCUAAGGGGACCAUUAUUAUCGCAGACCUGCGCUCCGUUCUUCUUGAUCCUGAACAAUGGGAGACACCUGAAGAAUUCAACCCAAAUCACUUUUUAGAUAAGGAUGGGAAGUUCCUUGAUCGAGAAGAAUUUCUCUCGUUUGGAAUAGGUCUGCGUUCCUGUGUGGGAGAGCAGCUAGCAAGAAUUGAGAUCUUCACCUUUCUGACCAGCCUAUUGAGGGCCUUCAGCUUCCGGUUGCCUGAAGGAGUGAAAGAACUCAAUGAAGAACCUGUCGCAAAAGUGAUGAUACAUCCACAUCCUUACAAACUGUGUGCUAUUCCCUUACAGUCUUAAGAUUAAGCACCCCAAAAAGCAUAACAUUAGUUACAGAGUGGCUAUUCAGUAUGAUAAAUGUUUCCUAUAUACCUCUUCAUUUAAUAUUGUAUUUUGCUUCUAUUUACUCAAUAUUGAAACUUCUUCAACCUAUUGCUGGAUUCACACAGUGGGGAAAUGUAAAUUUUUUUACUACCGGUUCUGUGGCAUGGCUUGGUAUGGGGGGUAAUGUGACUGGGUAGGCAUGGCCAACUUUUUUUUUUUUUACUUUUAAAAGCAUUUUUCUACAACCUCUUAGGCUGAAGAGGUUGUAAAAAAAUGCUUUUAAAAAACUCUAACGAUCCCAGCUGAGUUGCCUGAUCGGCAGAGGCUUUUGUUUUCUUUUAAAAGCAUUUUUUUUGCCUUUAAAAGAAAAAAAGGCCUCUGACAAUCAGGCAACUCAGCAGGGACUGUCAGAGCCUUUUAAAAGCAUUUUUU